CGACAGUUGGAUCUAAGUAGUUGUUCGUCUUUUCAUGUGCAAAACUUGGCACAAUUGUUGAACUCUGUUCUGUGUCCAUAAAAUGCCGACUUCAGUGUUUUGGUGCGAGGAGUCUGAUACUUGCUUGACACGCUCAUUCGAAUUUGGUCUUGUGCUCUAUGAAUGCCAUGAUUGCUGCUGGGUUUCUUCUGAGUAAUAUGCGUGGUCCAUUGUCAGGUUUUUCAUUGACCUUUUUUGCAUAUACAAAUAGCCACUGUGGAUUGUGUUUUGGUGGCUGGAUGAGAAUCAGAACUGGUGGUGAGGGUUAUGCUCUUCUCGAAUGGAUGCUAUAUAGGAGCUGUCCUGAAAGAAAAAUGUGCAUUUUUGGUUACCCUGGUUUCACUAUGUUUCUAAUAGAAAAGGAGUCAAAACUGGAUACUUGGCUAUGUAUGGCCGUUUUGGGUAUCUUUGUUGCUAACUGGAAAUGCUUUUAAACUAUUUGUAAAAGUUUUUUGGGUAGCGACAAGCCAUCUGCUGUCCACUGAUUGAGUGAUGGAAGAGUUUCAUUCUUAUCAAAUGCUGGCCGGUUGUUCGGAAGCUCUUGAUGAGUUCUGCAACUGUUGCCUGUCCAUUCUCUUGUACUCUUGUUCUGUACAUUCACCGCUCGUCUUGGUUGGGAGAUUCUUGUUCUUGCCUUGUUCUCUUUGUGCAUGCCCUGUUAUGUGAUGCCUUCGGUCCAAGAUUGUUGAUCUCCCAUUAUCAAUUUCCUUCCUAGCAUGAAUGUGGUUGAGGUUGAGGCUUCCUUAAUCUUUGCAAGGUUCCUUCCCAGUUUGGAAUGCACUCCUAGAGCUCUCUGCUGUUGUUGUCUCUUCACUUCCGAAUAAAGCUGUACUCUUGCAAGCUUGCCCUAGAGCCUCAACUUUGCAAGCUUCACAUUUAUGGCUUAUACGUUUACACACACACAUUACUUUUUCUUUCAUUUUAGCCCAUAAUCAUUUAUGGACGACCUCAUUUUUACCUCGAGUAUGCAUGUGCAUAUCUUUUGUGAAUGCCCAGUAAUUGUUUUCACUGUUUUAUUAGUUUAUUUUUUGGCCCCUACUUAUCAUCAUCACUAUGAUUGUUGCAUUUAUGCUAAUCAGGUUUUUUUGUGGUUUUCUUUUC